AGUAGGAGCGGGAGGAAGAGGCGAAGACGGAAGCAGCUGAGGCAGCGACCCGGCCCAGCGCCUGGUGUCGAAACCACUAUGCAGCCAGAUACAGAGAGGACCCGGAUACGGCCCAAGAAACCAGACAUGGCCCUGUAUGUUCCCAGAGCACGGCGCGAAAUUGCAGUAUCAAAAACCAGCACCUUAUUGGCCACCAGAUCUGACAGAGAGGUGAACCGUGGUCCAUCAGGGAAGGAAGUCGUUAAAGGACAUGAAGCAAGGACAAGUCCCAAAGCUGGAAGAGGCUUACUUCACAGAGAGCAGGGAGGAUUCCUCUUCCCCCAAGAAGAGAAAAGAAUUACAUCCAGAGAUGGGUUCCCCCAAAGCAGCUCAAAUCCAAAGAUACAGUACAAGGAGAGGCCACAGCCCCUACGUAAGCCCAAAUCACACUUUCAGGUGUCUUCCCCUGGAUUCCUAAGUCAAACACCAGCAUUAUUGCCAAACACGGAAUUAGAGGCACCUCUUGAAUGCAGCACUGUGCUCUCCACUGGUUUACUGAGGAUGGCCGGUCUUCAAAUUCAGCCAGGUUUACCUAGUGUGGACUGCACUUGGGAACAAAAACACAUAUUUCCUUCUGCAGGGCAAGAGACUUACAGCACUGAGAUGAACAAGCAGGCAGGAGCAUUCCUCCCAGACCAGGUAGGGCUCAGUGAGGAGAAUGUGCUGCCGUGUGCUAGUGAAAGACUCUCAGAUCAGACAGAGAUGAGUGAAAAAAGUACGCUGGCUGGUAAGGUUAAGGAUCUGAGUAGAUGUGAUUUGAGACCAACUGGGGGAAGUGGGGAUGACACGUUUGAAAACACAGGCAGCAGAGAGGUACAUAAGGAUUGCUCAUCAAAGUGUUCAAGUGAGAGAAUAUCGGAUGAAGCAGACAGCAAUAAUAGCAUUUUGGGGGACAUUAGCAAUACACAUAGCACAUGUAAAUGGAUAGACAGCUGCAGUCACACAGAGAUAGAUGACAGUAGCAUGUUGGAAUAUGCUCCCAAGAGAGUUCCAGAUGAGACAGACCCAAAGGAAGUUAGUAUUACUGAGGAUGUAGGCAGGAAUGUUCUGGCUCCAGUGGAAGUGAAUAAGUAUAGCACCCUAAACCAUGAAGAGGAAAGCAAGAGUGGAGCAUAUAGUCAUGCAGCUGAACACAUGUCUGAUCAAAACAUGAAUAAUAUGUCUAGCUGUGUGAGUGAGAGCAUGUUGAUCCAGACAGUGACAAGUAGCCUAGCAGCAAAUGCAGUCAAGCAACUCUCAGGUAACUCAGGGGUGGCUGCAGGCUGCUUAGAUGGGCCUUGUGGGAGGCUGGAUGGUCUGCCCAGUUGCAUGUUCAAGGAGGGUGAACUGGGACAGGUGUGUGGCAAUGAGAAGAGGGAUGGCUUCUCUCUCCACAUCUGCCAGUGCAAACCUUCUGAGUCUGAGGCUUCAGUGACAGUAGGAAAUGCCACAUUUGAUUUAGGGGGUCAAAACUCUCAUGGCAAGCACAAUCCUGAGGCAAGUUGUUCUGCCAAGGAGGCUGCCAGCUGCUUACAGGAAUGUACCUCCAAGGAGAUUAUACACUUGUCAGCUGUGGGGGAUCCUGAGAGCACUCUGGACCAAGCAGAAGCACCCUUGGGUGGGACCUCAAUGGAAGAUCCAGCCCAGAGAAAUAUGGGCAUGAAGUUGCAGCAUCCAUCUGGAGACAGGGCAGAAGGAGAAGCCGAACCAAGUGUGCCAUCCAGCUGGGAGGAGCCCACUGGAACCAGUGUUGGUCCUGCAACCCUCAGUGAGGAUGGCAACGUGGCAAAUGAGACCUGGGAUUCUCUCUUCAAUGAUGAUGGUGAUUGCCUGGAUCCACAGUUGCUGGAGGGGCUCUCUGGCCAUGCCUUAUCCCCCUCAGGAUUGCAGGAGCCACGCUUUGACUACUACAGCUACUCUCCAGCUAAUCUGGACCUAAGUGACUCCGAGUUUCCGCACGUCAUUGAGAUCUACGACUUCCCACCAGAAUUCCGCACAGAGGACUUGCUGCAUGUUUUCUGCAGUUACCAGAAGAAAGGCUUUGACAUUAAAUGGGUUGAUGAUACACAUGCACUGGGUAUCUUCUCCAGCCCCAUUGCAGCUCAAGAUGCUCUUAGCACCAAGCACCUGUUGGUGAAAACCCGUCCGCUAUCACAAGCCACUAGAGCUGCAAAGUCCAAGGCUCGAUCCUAUGCUGAAUUCCUGCAACCAGCCAAAGAACGUCCGGAGACUUCAGCUGCUCUGGCUAGGAGACUGGUGACAGGUGCCCUUGGUGUGCGGAGCAAACAGAGCAAGGCAGAACGUGAAGCUGAACGCCAGCAGUUACAGGCAGCCCGAGAGCGGAAACGUCUGGAGGCCAAACAGAGGGAAGAUGCUUGGGAAGGCCAUGAGUGAGUGAACACUAUUGCGAGGUGCAGACACAUGACCAGAAAUUACACUCUGUGAGGCAGAAUUGGAGCACCAAAUGAGCUGUCCUUACAACACUGGAGACGUUCUGCCAUGCCCUGUGGGAUAA